AUGAGUUUAUGUAAGGGUUUUGGAUUUAAGGUCGAGGUUGAUAAGUCUUUGCCUAACUAUGUUAUCGGUGACGACAAGAGGGUUUUUCAAGUGAUUUUGCAUAUGGUUAGGAGCCUAAUAGAUGGUAACCACGGUGGAGGUACUCUUGUGUUUCGAGUUUUUGCAGAAUCGGGAAGCCGAAGAAGGACUGAUCAGGGAUAUGCAACUUGGAGACCAAACUCAUCUAGCGGCGACGUACAUGUUAGAUUUGAGAUAGGGAUCAAUAGCAAUGAUUCUGAAUCGGAGACCUCAGCUGCUUCAGGCCAGCUAUCAUGUAGGAUGAGUACAAGUGAUCGCGCGUUUGAUGAAAAGUUGAGCUUCAGCAAUUGCAAGAAGAUAAUCCAGUCAAUGAAAGGGAGCAUACGGACAGUACCAAAUGCUAGAGGCUUUCCUCAAGUAAUGACCCUCGCUCUUUGGUUUCAAUUACGUCGAUCAAUCGCUGUAACCAUCCCCGAACCAGGGGAGAGUUCAGAUUCGUCGAGUUCAAAUUCUUUGUUCAGAGGUCUGCAAGUCUUGUUGGCUGACAACGAUGAUGUUAAUAGAGCAGUAACACAGAAGUUUCUUCAAAAACUAGGCUGUGUUGUCACAUCAGUUUCUUCCGAAUUCGAAUGUCUUAGUCUUAAUGGACCUGCCGUCACUGGCUAUAUUCGAUGGACACAACAAUCUAUUUGCGCAGGUGACUUCCAUCAAUACCCAAAUGACAAACAUUAG